GUAAACGUAAACCCUCUAAAACCCCUGCAAUAAGUCCAAACAUUUACUGUAUGUCGUGGUGGUUGUGGCAGGUGACGUGAUUCCAUGGCAUUUGCUUCUGCUUUCCGCCGCAUCUUCACGCCUUCAUCCAUUCUUCAAUCGCAAUUCACUUCGAUUCGUCAAAAUUCAACCCUCGCCACUCCAAAGCUCUUCGUCAGCGGUCUCUCAAGGUUGACAACAGAUGAAAAGCUUAAAGAAGCGUUUUCACCAUUUGGUCAGCUUGUUGAAGCAAAAGUCGUAACGGACAGAGUCUCGGGAAGAUCAAAGGGGUUUGCUUUUGUUACAUAUGGAACCUUAGAAGAGGCUGAGCAGGCGAGGAAGGAAAUGAAUGCCAAGUUUUUGGAUGGUUGGGUUAUUUUUGUUGAUCCUGCCAAGCCUAGAGAACACAGACCCCCACCUCAACCAGAGCCACAGCCUUCUGAAACUGGUUUCAGAGUGAACAAAACCAUCGGUUGGUGUGGUUGAUCUGCCGAAAAGGUUUUGCCUUGUCAUUGUGCCAAGAAUUUGUUAGAUAUUGAUCACUAUUGUCAUGGGAAAUGUUUCUAUAGAUUUGGGAUUCGAAGGGAUGUUUAUCAUUUUGUAUGUGACCUGGCAAAUUGGUUCAAGGGUUAAACCAUAUUUUGGUACCUAAGGGGGAUUUUCACUUCUACUACUGUUGUGCUUAUCCAUUGGCUGGUUGUUGGAAGGAAUUUGAAAUGCUUGGUUUUGAAAUUAAA